UUCCACCUCUAGUGGUUUCGGUUCCGAGAUUCUCCACUAUUUUAAGAGUUGAAAAGUCUUUUCUAAAUUAAACUGAACAUGUAAAUCGCCAUUGAAUCGGGAAUCGGGCUCGGGAAUCAAUAAUACGCUAUUAAAAGCCGUGUUUGAAAACGCGCUCUCUCUCAGCGGCGUGUUUUGUGACGUCAAAAGCAGCGACGUCCUUCGCUGGCAGACACUCGCACGCACACACACACAGACGCACACACGCGGGCGCGCACAAACACCGACACACCGACACACACACACACGUGCAAUUUACACACAGACACAAUACACAAUACACGCACGCAUUGAGAGAAAAUCCUGCCACCCCUCCCCCACCGCACCCGCACCCGGGAGCAGUGGUGUGUAGAGUGAGAGAGCGAGUCCUUUGUGGCCGCGCGUGCCGUGCAUGUGUGUGUGUGCACUAGUACAACUACAACGGUAAAAAAAAAAAACAACAAAACACAGGAGGAAAAGAAAAGAAAAAAAAGGAAAAAAAAAUGGAACAGCCGAGCAUCCUCGUCAAAAUCCUGCACUCGAUUCCGCACGUGAAUUAUACAUUCCGUCGGGUUAACGACACCUUCAAUCCCGACAGCGAUGUUUACCUCGAGAGCCUUGGCAUCUUGGCCUCGAUUCCCGCCGGUCUGCUGAUCGUUUCUCUGCUGGGAUUGCUUCUCUACCUCCUGACCCGUUGCUGUGACCGCCGCCAGCGGAAGCCCAGUGCCCAGAGAUGCCAGAGUUGUUCAUUGGUCAUCAUCACCCUGAUGACAUGUGCGGCCAUUGGAUUAGGCUUGUAUGGCAAUGAUGAUUUCCACAAUGGCUUACUGCAGGCCUUUGGUUCUGGCAAGAAGGUGGAGGGCCUGGUGCUAACCCUCAAGAAACAGACGGAGAGCAUCAAACAUGAUCUGGAGACCCGCAUGGCCGGCCACAGGGUGGAGCAACUGGUGGAGAAGCCACAAUACAAUCAGACCGUGGUGAUGCUCCUCAUCGAGACCUCUCGCCUGGUGACGGAGAACACCUCCCGGGCGGUGGCCUCCCUGGACAGCAUGGUGCACUACUUCAUGAAGGCCAAGGGCCAGGAGAACGACACUUCCCUCAUGGGAUUACUUCAGUUGGGUGAAUUUUAUGAAUCGAUACGUUGGCCCGCCACCUUGGCCUUCCUCACCAUACUCCUGCUGCUGUGCACCGUCCUGGUGAUCGGUGUGGCUAGGCGGUCACGUUGCACUCUGAUCUUCUUCAGCGUUUCGGGUCUGUUCUGCAUCAUCAUCUGUUGGCUGUUGGCGGGCAUCUAUCUGGCCUUCAGUGUGGCUGCCGGUGACUUUUGUAUGCGUCCCCAUGACUACAUGUGCCGUCAAGUGGGAAUGCGGAGCCCGUACGUGGAUUUCCUGAAUUGUGGAACGCCACGAAAUCGUUUCAUUUUGCGGUUGAACGAAUCCCGGGACUUGGUGGAUCGGGCCCGGGAGAGUGUGGAGCUCAUGCAGCGCAUGGUCCAGGAGACCUAUCCACCGAUUGACAUUAAACGCACCCUGACCGCCAUGGACCAUGACCUGGAGGAGACGCAUCGUAAUCUGACCACCUUAUCGGCCACAUUGGAUCGUCGGGCCAUAGAUCGGCAUUACGAGGAGGCGCUGCGUGGUCUGUGCGGCGGUGGGCUACUGGGACUCAGCCUGAUGAUGGUGGCAGGACUGCUGACCUCUUUCCUGCUAACCAUACUGGUCUAUGCCGAUUCCCAUGCCUGGAUCUACUUGACAAAGAGGUAAGGGCAUUGGAACCCCCCCUUGGAUGCGGAUAAAUCGGAGACGGCGCCACUGUUUCCUGCCUCGAAUGCGCCCAGUGCCAGUAUCUCGCCCACAGCUCCCAUGGGCACUGGAACGAUAAACCGAACACUGUUGCACCACCAACAGGCAGCCUCGGGCGGUACUGGUGCUCUUAGCGGCGGUGGUUCCGGCAUGGGCGGUGCAGGAGGGGGCGGCGGCGGCGGCGGUGGAGGAGGCAUCAUCGGCGGCGGAGGACCUAAUGGACAUAAUGGCGUGACGCCGUACCGUAAUGGAACGGCCGGCCUGAGACAAGGGUUGGUGGCAUCACCUUCAUCACAAUCCAGCCACAAUUCAUCUCAAAACAACCACCACCACCACAACCACCAAAAUCAACAGCAUGGCACCUUAGCCGGCUAUCAACAACAACCACAACAACAACCACUACUACAACAACAACAACAACAACAACAACACCUGUACAGCAACAACCACCACAGCAACAACCAUUACUACAGCAACAACACACAGCAUAGAACUAACUCAGCGGGGCAGGCGGGGGCGAUGACGCUAAUGGGCGGGGCCAGCGGUCGAAGGUCACCGUCGCCGCCGCCCUGCUAUGAUUUGGUGCAUGGCACAAGGUCUGGUCACCAUACUCUGGGUCGACUGCCGUCGCAUCAUCAACAGUCCGCGUCAUACCUGCCAGGACCGAACAAUGGAAAGUACGCGACGCUCAGCAAGCAGUGUAAGACGCUCGAAUCGAACGACUUCUACUGAGAUUCGCUUGCCUGCAGCACCCAUGCAGGCAGUAGCAGCAACACAGUCCAGCAGCAGCAACAGCAGCAGCAGCAACAGCAACAGCAACUGCAACAGCAGCAGCAGCAACAUCAAUCAAUCAGCCAGAUCAAUCAGCAUCAGAGUUCUCUGAAGAACAUAUUCGCCUCGGCCACCCUGCCCCGUUCCACUGGCAGCUCCAUACGCUCGGUACUCUCCGCCCAGACCUCGAAUGCUGGGAUAUGUCGCUCCACUGGGAAUGGUCUGGACGGUGACUUUGGCGACGAUCGAGAUCCUCGGGAUGUCACCAACAACAGCUUCAAUCGCUUCGAUCCCAAGUACAUUAGCAUUGGUCCGAAGGCGGUCCGGGGUCAGAAUAAUAAUCUAAACAUCAUAUCGGCCGCUGCGACGGCCAAUAAGUGUGCCACCUUGAGGCAUGUCGGGCGGUAUGGUGGCUCCCUCAAGGGCGUGUCGGCGGUGAGUGCCACAUCGGCGGUGGCCAAUGUUCCGGCCGUUCAUUCCCCAAAUCUGCGAAGUGCCAAGACUCCGUCGAUAGCUACCGUUUCUAAGGAUUACUGCCAGCAGCCGGACUGCAUACCGCAGGAGUAUUUGUUGCAGCAACAACAACAACAACAGCAGCAGCAGCAGCAACAGCAACAGUUGCAACAGCAGCUGCAACAACAACAGCAGCAAUUGCAGCAACAACAGUUGCAACAACAGCAGCAACAGCAGCAACAACAAAUGGUGGUGCCACCAGCACCGCCACAACCUGCACCACCGCCACCGCCCAAACCAAAGAUAGUGAAUACUUUUACGGAAAUACCCGGCACCACGGGCGUGGGCAGCUCCUAUGCCAAGGAGCAGCAGCAGCAGCAACAGUUACUGGCAUUGCAGCAGCAACAACAACAGCAACUAAUUGCCUUCCAACAGCAGAGGGAACGAGAGCAACAACAACAGCAACAACAACAGCAACAGCAGCAGAGAGAGUUGCAUCCACCGACCACCCACAUAUUGCCACCAUCGGCUGUCUAUAGCAUUGAGAGCAGUGAGUUGCCGACAGCAGCACCGAGGUUGCAACAACGCUCCCUGAAUCCCGCCUCCAUUGUGAACCAGCCACUGCCCGAAAUACCCACUUCCCAGUCAAAGAUCUCGGCCCAGCCGCUCUGUGCCGCUAACUUGGGGCAAUAUCGUUCCCUGCAACGGCCCCAGACCCAGAAGUUGCAACCAGUGGCGGUACAAUCGCCGCAACAACAGCCGCCCACGUUGCCACCAAAGAAUAGACACAAAAAGGCCAUCGAUACCAGCAAUGCCAAUCAUAUGCAGACUCUGCCCCCGAAAUCUGCAAGCUUGAGGCAGCAACAACAGCAACAGGAGCGUGAAAGGGAGCGGGAGAGGGAGCGAGAAAGGGAGAGGGAAAGACCCCGUAGAGCAGAGACUCUGGAUAAUGCCCGAAGCUAUAUAGAACAGCAGUAUCCCAGUCAGUUGAUCACCAAGAAGCAACAUUCUUACGACAGCAGCUAUCACCAGCAACAGCAGCAGCAGCAGCAGCAACAGCAACAACAGCAGGCCUUCUACCAGCGACAACACAACAACAACUUCUCAACAAAGCAACAACAACAACAACAACAGUUGCUGAUAGAACAACAACAACAGGCCAUGUUCUAUAGAUCCCUGAAACGUGGAGAACAGAGAGCUGCUGCUGCUGCGGCAGCUGCCACCAGUGUGGCGAUUAGCAACCAUAGCGAUCUAUAUUCUGUGACGGAAUUGUAGGAGUGCGCCUGCUGCGGCGGCGGUGUGGAUGUGGUGCGUCGCGGCGCCUCAUCCACAUCGCUGCACGCAGCGGCGGCCACCCAAACCCAAGGACAGCCGGCGCCGGGACAGCAGGCGCCCAUACCCCUGCCACCGAAAAAGAAUCGCAGGGAGCGAGAACAGCAGCGGGAAAGAGAUCGCGAACGGGAAAGGGAAAGAGAUCGUGAACGGGAGAGGGAUCGGGAUCGGGAUCGAGAUCGUGACAGGGAUCGGGAACGGGAUCGGGAGCAGAUCACCUGCAAUGCCAAUCUGUGCGAGGAGCACGAGUAUGAUGAGUACUACCCGCAGGCCUACGAAAUGCAGACCACAUCCACGGGACUGGGUGGGGGGAAGCACAGCAAGACGGGUCAGAGGGCAGCCACGUUCGAUGUGGCCGAUGCCCGGGACUAUGAGCUGAAGCGUCUGGGGAAUCGUCGGUCCCAGCAACAGGCGGCGCCCAGCAAACGUAACGGCGGCAAUGGCGUGGUGGUGACUGCCAGCGGAGGAGGAGGCACCGGAACCACCGGAGGAGCAGGAGGAGGAGGAGGUGGUGGUGAUCACCAUCGCAGUCACGAUCGGGAGAGAUCUCGCAGCGAUCAUCGCAUCGCUAGCUAUGCCUGUGAGGAUGUCACCUCCACGGCCCUCUGCAGUGCCGGUUCUAUGAGUUCCAUGCUGCAACCUGGUGGCAAUAAUGGAGGUGGAACCACUGGAGGAGGAGGAAGCGGUCAUCGCAGUCACUCACACCAAAGGGAACACCAUCAGCGAGACUCCCAACAGCAGCAACAACAACAACAGUUGCAACAAUUGCAACAGCAACAGCAGCGUGAUCGACGCGAAAAGACCUUCAAGGUAUGAUUUUUAGAGACGUCAUAAGAAUUGUCCAAUCCGCGCCAGGAUACCCACCAAUCGAAUGGUCGAAACGGUAGCUCCAGGCGGCGGACACGUUGAGGGAUUCUAAAUGGAUGCAAACGUGGCGGAUUCGAUCGAAAAAAAGCAAAAAAACCCCCGAAAAAGGAUCCAAAAGCCUGCCUGUAUUUUGUGUUUAAGCUUAAGUCGUGUAUCUCUAUCUCUGUCCAACCGCCAGCCCAGCCUAGCCCAGUCUCUGUAUCUGUCACUUAUACACUUGCCAA